CAUACACAGCUCUUUCACGGUUCUGCUCCAUCAUAUCAGCAUGAGUUAUGCACUGGUGAUUCUGCUCUGUGUGGGAUUACUGCACCAGGCUGCAAGGGCCGUCCUCAUGGAUAAACUGGCAGACAGCAAGAUCUGUGGAGAUGCAGAAUGUUCAUAUGUUCUUUCUCUGGCUACAGCCUUGGAUGAUUUCAUUGCCCCUGACUGCAGAUUCAUUAACGUCAAGAUGGGUCAGACUGUUUAUGUGUAUUCUAAACUCAUACCAGAAGAGGGCACUGGAGUCUUCUGGUCUGGAAGUGUGUACAGUGAGCGGUAUGUGGACCAGAUGGGCAGAAUUGGAUAUUUUCCUGCAACUGUGGUGAAGGAAACAAUCAAGUUUACAGACAAGACAACACAGAUGCAAACAACUGAUAUGGACUUCUACUGUGAUUAAGGCACUGGAGACUAAUGCCUCAUAAGUCUUCCUUUUAGUAAUGCUGGCUUUUAUGAAGGACAUAAAGUUGCUCUCUCAAGCACAUGCAUUAGAUAAUGCACCAUUAUAGUCUGUUGUGUUGCUUUCAGCUGGAAUCUAACUCUUUUAGCCCUUCAUGACAGAUACUGCUGCUGCUUUUGAGUCAGUCUGUGUUGUUUGCUGCAUAAGAUAUUUCACCUCAAUAAAUAUUUUUCCAUGUUAAUACAAAAGAAAGACAUUUUUUUCUUAUAGUGUUCACACGAUCAUUUUCAGAAUGUGCUUUCCAUGAGCUAUUUUAUUAGAUUGACAACUUCCUUGAUGCUUUAAUGAGAAACAUUUAUUGUUUCCCAAAAAUCAUAACAUGUCAUAUACUGUGGUUUAUUCUGAAACAGCAGGGAAUGAAGUUUCCUGCUUCUCACUCUCUCCCUUUCUGUUUCUCUCUCAAGAGACAUUUAAUCUAACAGAAAUAAUUGCAAGAGGCGUCAGUGUGUGUCCGCAGAGCAAAUCCAGACAGACGUUCAGGCAAAAGCAUGAGCUGAGUUAUGUUAAUGAAGUACGGUCACAGAUUCACAGAUAGGUGGACAGGUACAGGUUGUGAUUAAGAUGACCAGUGUCAGGUACAGAUAGCAGCUGGAACACAAACCCCCCCCC